AGCUGACCUGAACAUGACAAACUGCUCGGACCACUCCUAACCUUCAAACUCAAACAGUAACAGUGAUUUUCUUGAAAACUAGUAUCGUUCAGUUAUUUAUCUGGUGAUAAAAUGACAGUGUUACAUUUCAAGUUAUUCGUGAAUCAUAGUGAGUUGUGGGACAAUUUAUUCCUGUAUUCUACAGAGGACUUCCAUUCUUGUAUUAGAGAAAAUGAACGUAAGCCGGUUUCUACAUCUUAUUCCAAUAGUUUUCAUAACCAAGAACAUCUUCCAUUUGUUACAAUUUACAAAGUUCAACAUGAUUCCAUAAUAAAUUCUUCAAAUGUUGAAAGACUGUAUGACUCAAAGUUUAGUUGUGUAUCUUUGAACAAAAAAUGUGGUGAUUCAAGUGACAUUGAUGAAUCGUUUAUUAGAAAGGUUAGUAAGUUUGAAUCACCAAGUAGGAAAUCUAAGAAGAAUUCCACAAUUGCAAUGUCUGGUUAUUCCAUGACGCAAUUUUUACGAACUCUUGUUUACUCACAAGUAUAUCGUAAGCUUGUGAUUAGGAACUGUGUAGUAAAUAAAAAAAUUCGUAAAGAUUAUUUCUGUGUUGAGGUUAAAUUGAAAAAUGAAGGUAGUUUCAUCGAUCAUCGAUGGUUUGAACGUAUUGAAAGGCUGUACAUUGAACGUAGGGAGUUGGACAACAUAAUGUCGUGGUUAUCUACAUUGGGCGGUGGCUUUUCAGCAUUGGGUGAAUAUCAACCUGCUUUUGCCCUCAAGGCUGGACAGAUAUCCUGUGAUCAAAUGAAACUCGCUCUGAGACUGGGAGAUGAUUUGGUGGUUGCAAGAUGUAAGUUGUACUUUUCUUUGAGUUUGAUCCAGAGAGGCUACUUGAAACCUGCUAGAAAGGUAAUUGAAGAACAGUUUAAGUUUGCAACAAAUCACAUUGUGCUUGAUCAAAGACUAGUGAAUAUGUGUAAAGGAAUAUGGGCAAAGUUGAAGUAUGAACAUAGGUUAAGGUGUAAUCGUAAACGAAUUAAAUGAAUGUUUGAUAAC